CAUCAUGGAGGAUGUAGUCUCAGGCCGGACGCACCGCCUCUUAGGAUUUUUAGUCCUUGGGCUGAUAAACAGGAGGCAACUGACAAAAUUCGAAUUAAUCCUUAGGGGAGGAGGAAGGAGCAUAAUCCUCAAUGUCAGGCAGGUUCAAACUCCUUGGAUCCAUCUCUCUCGGUCCGAAUCUGGAGGGACUAGAAGACCGGCCUGAGCAGGGAAGCGACGUCACGCGGGGAAGAAGCGUAGUGACGUCAAUCUGACGCGAGCGUGCUCUACGGGGCUUUGGCGGGAUUUCCGAAAGUCGCUGUUCGGAAAGCGCCCCUGGGCGGAAGACCCGGGUCAGAGCACAGCUUCGCCCGUGUCCAGCAACUUCGUGUAGGAGGUGAAACUCUACCUGGUGGAAAGCAGAAGGCCAAGCGAGGGAACUGAGAAGCUGCCGGUGUCGGGCGCGCAGGCCAGAGGACCGAGGCGGAGCAGCUGCGCGGCCAUCUAGAUGGCCAUGCAGAUGCAGCUUGAAGCAAGUGCAGACACUUCGGUGGAAGAAGAAAGCUUUGGCCCACAGCCUAUUUCACGGUUGGAGCAGUGUGGCAUAAAUGCCAAUGAUGUGAAGAAGUUAGAAGAAGCUGGAUUCCAUACUGUGGAGGCUGUUGCCUAUGCACCAAAGAAGGAGUUAAUAAAUAUAAAGGGAAUUAGUGAAGCCAAAGCUGAUAAAAUUCUGGCUGAGGCAGCUAAAUUAGUUCCAAUGGGUUUCACCACUGCAACUGAAUUCCACCAAAGGCGGUCAGAGAUCAUACAGAUUACUACUGGCUCCAAAGAGCUUGACAAACUACUUCAAGGCGGAAUUGAGACUGGAUCUAUCACAGAGAUGUUUGGAGAAUUCCGAACUGGGAAGACUCAGAUCUGUCACACACUGGCUGUCACAUGCCAGCUUCCCAUUGACCGAGGUGGAGGUGAGGGGAAAGCCAUGUACAUCGAUACUGAGGGUACUUUUAGGCCAGAACGGCUCCUAGCAGUGGCUGAGAGGUACGGUCUUUCUGGCAGUGAUGUUUUGGAUAAUGUUGCAUACGCUCGAGGGUUCAACACAGAUCACCAGACGCAGCUCCUUUAUCAAGCAUCAGCCAUGAUGGUUGAGUCCAGGUAUGCACUGCUUAUUGUAGACAGCGCCACCGCCCUGUACAGAACAGACUACUCUGGGCGGGGAGAGCUUUCAGCCAGGCAGAUGCACUUGGCCAGGUUUCUGCGGAUGCUUCUGCGCCUUGCUGAUGAGUUUGGUGUGGCCGUGGUGAUCACCAACCAGGUGGUAGCCCAGGUGGAUGGAGCGGCCAUGUUUGCUGCAGACCCUAAAAAACCUAUUGGAGGAAAUAUCAUCGCCCAUGCUUCAACAACCAGACUGUACCUGAGGAAAGGAAGAGGGGAAACCAGAAUCUGCAAGAUCUAUGACUCUCCCUGUCUUCCUGAAGCUGAAGCUAUGUUUGCCAUCAAUGCGGAUGGAGUGGGAGAUGCCAAAGACUGAGUUGGAUUUUUUCCUUGUGGUAAACUUGUAAUUGCUGCAGCCUGAUGGAGAGGACAGCUCCCUGGAGUUCCUUACAGGCCUCUUCCUGUUGUGAAUGCAGUACAGGGCUUCUGGGACAAUAGCUAUUGUAGCAGCUUUUCUGAUGGUGUAAACAGGAACCCAGGGUAGUACUCACAAACUGAUCUGUUUAUUCCUUCUGGCAUGUGUGGAUCUCUGGAAUCUGUGCUCUGGGACAACCUCAGUUCUGAUGGUUGUCUGUUAGUCUUUGAUCUCUGAGAGAACUAAAGCUGCUGGAGAGAUCACUUCUGAAUAAUGAUAAACUAAAACACCUGAUAUCUGUGCCCAGGGGAAUGGGGAAUAGGCCUCUUCACAGAUUUCUUUCUCUCAGUAAAACUGCUGUCCAUCAGAAGCAAGUUUUAAAGUUGUAUACCUGAACUCUCCUAUGAAAACUUUUUUGUUAAAUCUUGCACAAAGCCUACAGGGCCUUUGUUCCUCCCUCAUCUGCUCACUUGGCCAUUGUAACUCUGGAAUCUGAAGCAUUGCAGAGGCUGAGUAAGCAGAUUUGGUGAGGCUGCUAAUAAAGUAGUUAUUUGUAGCCAAUAUUCUCUCUGUAGGAGUCAUUCUAGCAUAAGCUAAACACUUCAAGGUAGAGUUACCAUAAUAUCUUUGUCACUGGGUGGUGGUGAUCAGUUUUCUAUUGCUUUGAGACUUAGACUGGUCAGGUAUUGUGGCUCAUUCCUGUAAUUCCAGCACUCCAGAGGCUGAGGCAGGAGGAUCGCUGAGUUUGAGGCCAGAAUGGACUGCAUGGUGAGUUCAAGGCCAGCCUCUACUACGUAGUGGAACCAUCUCCCCACUCCUUCCAAACAAAAAGUUUGAAAACUGAAAAGACCAACCUUCAGAGGUUGAGCUUGAAUCCUUCAUUGGAAUGGAAAGUAUUACAUGACCAAUCAUAGAUUUCCUGUGGCCUUUGAUUUUUUGACAUGGGAUCUGUAUUGCCUAUUCUGGUCUUGAACUCCUAGAUUCAGGAGAUCCUCCUCUUAGUCUCCAAUUGUUGGGAUCAUAGGCACAUGCCAUUGCCCCCAGAUGUGGCCUUUGUUUUUAUUGUAUAAAUCUUACCCUAUUUCAGAAGUUUGAAUACUUCUCUUCCUCCCCUUCAUACUACUUGGGAUGGAUUUUAACCAGCUCUUUUAGGUUUCAAAGGCUGUUUCAGCUAGUGGUGGGAAGGUCUGCUGCUGCACAUGUUGAUUGCCAUCCCCGUAUGUGGGGAGACACAGAUCAGUUUAAUCCAGCUUUGUUUUAAAAGCAGUUCUCUUCCCUGGCUUGGGUGCGCACCUCAGUCCCAGCUACCUGCAGAGGCUGAGGCAUCUUCACUAGCUAGGAUUUCUAACCUAGACCUCGCCCAAGGUGUUGAGCAACCAUCCAGAAAUUAUCUAGGCUUUGGGUACCAAAAAUUAUUUUACUCCAAGAAUUGAAUAUAUCUCAGGUCUUUUCAUUUGCACAAAAUAAACUUGGGUUGCUAUAAUAAAGCCACAUGACAGAUUCUGGAGUGAAGAUUGGUUCUCAUGUAAGGGCAUCUCAGUCUUACAGUCCUGUAAGAUACUAAAGUGACUGACCUAGAUACUUACCUUACUCUUUCUGUAAGUGAAUUUAGGCCUUGCACUAUUAGUGCUAAAAAUGAACUAAGAGGGACAGAGGCACUUUAGUUGCAAAAGGCCUUCUUUAGGCUAAAAUUAACCUCUCUGCCUAAAUUUUACAUUCAACUAAAUUUUCCACUAAUAAGAGCAUUAACCAAAGAGCUUAUUUUAUUCUUCAACGAAGUAUUUUUUCUACUGUCUUCAGUUUCCUAUGUAGGAAGAAACAAUCACAGCUGUCAACAGGUGAU